CUUCUUUGCAUGAAGCAAACUCUCAGCUAUCUUUUAUCAGGAAUGUUGAAACCUGCCUGAUGAUAACACACUCGAAGGUUGAACGAGGUGAGCAGUGAACUACUGUAAAACUCUCAAGUGCAUUGUUCCUUCAAACAUGUUGCGGAUUGGAUUUAUUGGAGGUGGAAAAAUGGCCCAGGCCAUGGCCAAAGGAUUCGUAUCGGCAGGACUGACCAAAAAUGAAAAUAUUCUGGCAAGUUGCAUUCCGCAAGACACAGUGAGCCUUAAGGGCCUAAAGGAGCUGGGCAUACCAACUACAUUCGACAACAAAGAUGUGGUCAAGCAGUCAGAAGUCAUUUUUCUAGCCACAAAACCGCUGGUGAUUCCAACAGUUUUACAGGAUGUUAAAUCAGUGGUGACACCAAAAAAUUUGUUCCUGUCUGUUGCCAUGGGCGUAACUUUAAAAACUCUUGAGCAGAAUCUUCCAGCCGAAUCUCGUGUUAUCAGAGUGAUGCCAAACACACCAGCCCUGGUGAGGGAAGGCGCAUCUGUAUUCGUCAGGGGUUCGUCAGUCAAGGAUGACGAUGCAGAAAUCGCAAAAAAAUUGUUGGCUGCCAUCGGUACAUGUGAGGAGGUCAAGGAGUAUGACUUGGAUCCAGUGACAGCAUUAAGUGGAUCCGGCCCAGCAUAUAUUUACGUCAUGAUUGAAGCUCUUGCAGAUGGGGCUGUGCGAAUGGGACUUGCGCGGGACCUAGCGUAUAAACUUGCCGCCCAAACUGUCAAAGGUGCUGGAACUAUGGUGCUAGAAACUGGAAGUCAUCCUGGCAAAUUAAAAGAUGAUGUAACAUCACCUGGAGGCUCUACAGCAGCUGGACUAUACCAGCUUGAGAGAGGAGGACUCAGGGCAGCCGUAAUUACAGCCCUAGAAGAAGCGACAAAAAAAUGCAAAGAAAUGGCGAAGACCUCUCAAUGAUAGUCUCUAAAAGAGAUGAGGAGUCGCAAAUGCAAAGCCUGACCUGGAAUUAAAACUGUGAUAAUAGGAUUAAGAGUUACUUUAUGAAAACUGUGAAACUUUUAUGAGUUACUUUAUGAAACUUUUUUUUUCAAACCGUGUACUUCACCAAUAAAAAAAGGAAAAUGGAAGGUAAAAAAGAGCCUCCAAAUGGAUCCUGCUCUGUGAAACAAAAUAAGUGACGCAAUUCCAUAUCAAUGGUAAAACUCUCAAACCACAUAUCUCCUUUGUCGUGUUUUAAAAUCCCUGCUCUAAUUGUAUUUAUUUGACAGAGAACAAUCCAACAUCAUUUCUCGAAGUUUUCAUAGAAUUUUCUUCCCGUAGGCAAGGAAAAUCAUGGAAGUUUUACAGAAUUGACAUUCAGUAGUUUUCCUUUUAAAAAAUGAAGUGCCAAAGGAGGUCUGCAUCCAUGCAAACCGAAAUGCUAUGUUUGGGAGUCUCAACAUCGAUACUGCCAAAUGUAUCGGUGUCAUUGUUACAAAAUAGAUACGUAUUGGCUUUAUUCAAAACAAAAGUGACCGUAUUGUUAAAUGUUGAUUUCUUUCUACUUUAUUGUUCUGGAGAAAACUGAUUUUGUAAAGGUAAAGGAAAAAAUCAACCAAAUAUAGUCAAUAUCACAGAGG